AUGGAAAUCCCUAAGCUUCCUGAAGUUUUUAAUCUUGAGUCAUAUAUCACUCCCUCUACCAUAACUAAGCUCAUUUCCCUGAGGUAUUUGGAUACUCCUCUUUACCUUAUCCGGGCCCCUCACCUAUUUCGGGAUAACCCCCCGGAUGCUGUCCCCAAAUUCUAUCUUGUUCAUGUGUUCCUUCGAAUCCAUCUGCCUGAGCUGGGGCUUUACGCCCACGGCGCGUCUGUUCGUGACCUUUUUCCGUCUUUCUCGGAGCUGAAGAAGGAAUCCGGCCGGUCGUGGGGGGUGGAGCUCGACUGGGAGGAUGUUUCUCUGGGUUGCAAUGACCUGCCCCAGCUGAGCCUCACCGAGCAGGUCGGGUACCUUCGGUUGACUUCCGUCGACAAGAAGUAUGAUGUAGAGAAGUGUAUGUUCGCCUGUAAUUUUAGGGAUAUCCAAGAUGCGGCUUCUGACGUCAAAAUGGACCAAAUUAAGCCCCCGAAGAACUUAGUUCUUUCUCGGGAAAGCAUGAACGCGGUGCUGGAUGCCCUCCGAGCUGGGCGACACGUGUCAGAGGCUACUGAGGAGGUGGCCCAGGUUAUUUCUUCCAGGACAGUUAGCCGACCUCCUGCUCUGACCUCUUCCCGAGCUCCUAAGUCGAGCUCCCGAGGAGCCAAGUCUUCCAGACCAUCCAGCCGCAGCAGAUCAAGCUCGGCCGUUCCAUCCUCCCAGGCUCUAGCAUCUAGACGAGUUUCAGUUCCAAGAGCGGAGGAGACUCCCCAGAUAGCCAUCGGGUUAGUUGAGGGCGUCGAGCUGGCGAAGAAAGAUUUGGCUGUGCCUUCUGGGGGUAUUUCUGAGGAGAUGCCUGGGACAUGCCUUGCCGACGUCAGUGGCCCCGGGGGCGAGAAAGAGACCAGCCCGGCAGGGGGAGAUAUUCGGGGGGAUGUUACUGAAGUUGCCCCUGUGAUUGAAGAAGGGGGGUCCGGUCCGGCUAAUGAUGAGGUCGUAGUGGAGGAGGUAGGAAGUAAGCGUCCUCCUCCUUCUGAAGAGCCUGCCCCUGCUCCUACUCGGAAGAAAUCCAGGGCUUCCAAGGGGUCGGCUCCAGCUCUCCCUCCUCUUGAGAAGAAAAAGGCAGCUCCAGCUCUCCCUCCUCUCGAGAAGGAGAAGGAUGUUCCCAUGGUGCCCCUGAUGUCUGCUUCUGACAACGACAUCUUAAACGCGGAGGACAUCACUCAUCAGUCUCCUGCGAGCAUAGUUGCCAAAAUCAUUAAGGGGCGGAUGUUUGGCGGCGUCACAGAGGCUUCAGACCCACGCUUGCUUGCCCUUACUGGUCUUCUAGCCAAUUCCACUAGGGAGCAGGCUGCAUUUCGGUCUCGACCUCGAGGGGAGCUUGGAGACACGAUCAGGGAAAUGCUCUUGAUGGUGAUGGGCCUCUUUAUGGAGGUGGAUGCUCGCGACCACUCUCUCCGGGAAUCUAUAGAUCGCCGGAUUGAGGAGGCACGCCUGGAGGAGAAUCUAUCUGCAACCAGUGAUGCUAGGGGCAACCUUGCGGCAGCUCGGGAGCAUUCCAAGUCUCUCCAGAUAGAGCUACACAUGUUCGUGUCUGGCUUCAAUCGAGGUUUAAGAGAGGCCAGACAGGCUCCUUCCACUCCGCUAGCGAAGCUCCAAGCUGCUGAGGUGGACUCUGAUGGCGAGGAUGUUCUCUACGGAGAGGAUGACCUGCCCUUGCCUAAGGGAACUUCUCAUACUUCAGCUGGGCCCUCGGAUAAGGACACUGAGCUAGGAGAAGAGGAUGAAAGGGCUGCCGAAGAUACCGGGCCUCCAGGGCUGGAGGUUGUACUUUAUGUGGGUGAUGGGGGAUCUGAGCAAGAGGGCGCCAGACCUCCCACAAGCGGUAAUGCAAAUGCUAGUAUAGAGAAUAACAAUGUAAAUAGUGAAACGCCUAGAAAUGUAAGUCCUUUGAUAACAAUCUUCCCUCCAAUAAUCUUAGAUGAUUAG